CUAUUUAACAUGUCUAUUUCUCAACUCAGAAUCCAUCAGCCGUGAUGAUUUCCCGGAUGGCUUUACCUUUGGAACUGCUUCUUCAGCUUACCAGUUUGAAGGAGCUGUGGAUGAAGGAAACAAGGGACUCAGCAUAUGGGAUGCUUUCAUUAAGCUACCAGGUAGAAUUGUGGAUUUCAGCAAUGCAAAUACUGCAGUCGAUCAGUAUCAUCGAUUUAAGAGUGACAUAGACUUGAUGAAGGAUUUGGGGAUGGAUGCCUAUAGAUUCUCCAUAUCAUGGUCAAGAAUCUUCCCAAAUGGCACAGGUACACCAAAUCCCGAAGGAAUCCAGUACUACAGCAACUUUAUUGAUGCUUUAAUUGAAAAAGGAAUUCAGCCCUAUGCUACUCUUUAUCACUGGGAUCUCCCGUUGAAGCUUCAGGAAACAUAUGGUGGAUUUUUGAGUGAUCAAAUAGUGAAGGAUUUUGAACACUAUGCUGUCACCUGUUUCAAAGCUUUUGGGGAUAGAGUGAAGCAUUGGAUGACCUUCAACGAGCCUCGUGGUUUUGCAAUUGAAGGUUAUGACUUGGGUAUUCAAGCCCCCGGAAGGUGCUCUAUCCUGGGGCAUUUAUUCUGCAAGGGAGGAAAAUCAUCUGUUGAACCAUAUAUAGUAGCUCACAACAUUCUCUUGUCACAUGCUGCUGCUUACCACAACUACCACAGAAACUUCAAGAAACGCCAAGGAGGCCAAGUUGGCAUAGUACUGGAUGCCAAGUGGUAUGAACCAAUAUCUGACUGUGACGAGGACAGGGAUGCUUCAAAUAGAGCAAUAGACUUCUCUCUUGGAUGGUUCCUUGAUCCACUUCUUCUUGGGAAUUAUCCUCUUUCAAUGCAGAAGUCUGUGGCUGAGAGACUACCAGAAAUCAAUCCUGAAGUUUCAAAGUUCCUGAAGGGCACCUUGGAUUUCAUUGGCAUCAAUCACUAUACCACUUUGUACGCCCGAAAUGACAGAACUCAUUUUAGGAAGCUUAUAUUGCGGGAUGCUUCUUCAGAUUCAGCUGUAAUUACUUCAGCUUACAGACACGGAGCUGCUAUUGGAGAAAGAGCUGCAUCUGUCUGGCUACGAAUCGUCCCAUGGGGCAUUAGGAAGUUGGCGAGAUACAUCAAAGAGAGAUAUGGGAAUCCACCAGUGAUCAUCACAGAAAAUGGUAUGGAUGAUGCAUCUCACUUAUCACUGAAGAAUGCUUUAAAUGACCAGAAAAGGAUAAACUUUCACAGGGACUAUCUCUCAAAUCUGUCAGCUGCUAUAAGGCAAGACAAUUGUGAUGUCCGGGGAUAUUUUGCGUGGUCAUUGCUUGACAACUGGGAAUGGAACAUGGGAUACACCGUCCGUUUUGGAUUGUAUUACGUGGAUUUCAAGAAUAACCUUACGAGAAUACCCAAAUCUUCUGUUCAGUGGUUCAAGGAUAUGUUAAGAUCAAGAACAGAAACGAGAUACCAAUCCGGCGCAGCAUUGAGAUACCAGUCAUAGAACUCCAUCACUAUGGACAUGUAUACAUUAUGUGCCCCGCCAUACAACACGAGAAAGGAAAUACGUUAGAUUCGAUUCAAUUGUUAAUAUACAGUUCCAUGGCUAGAUAUAAUGGACAGAGAAUUCCGUCUAACAGUUCCAUGGUUUCUCUUAUUAAUUUCCUCAAGUCCCUGUAUACUUUUCAACAGUCUUCAUUCUAUCAUAUUGAAA